AUGAAGAAGUACUCAUCCUAAAGACUCUUAUUAACUAAUGAAGAACUUCUACGCAUUCAAUUUCUAGCCAAAAACUCUUACAGACCCUCCUCCAAAUAGAGAAUCAAAGAAAAACCUCUUCUAGAAAAAUAUCAAUUCAAACCUGAGAUUAAUAAAUAAUCUGCAAAUCUAUAAAGAUCUAUAAAUGAUUUAUUAAGGUGGAAUUUAAAUAAACAGAUGAAAAGACAACAGAUCUACGAUGAUGAAGUACUCAACCCUCAUUUAUUUCUAGUCAAGAGAAUUUCUCAACAAUGCCAAUAGAUUAACUCAUGA